AUGGGUGUCACAAGCUUUACACAAGAGAUGUCAUGCCCAGUUGCGGCGGCUCGAAUGUUCAAGGCUUUGAUUGUAGAUUCCAACAACUUGAUACCAAAGCUUUUGCCCCAAUUCAUAGCAAGUGUGGAUGUGAUUCAAGGAAAUGGAGGGCCUGGUACCAUUGAACAAGUUAACUUCACUCAAGCUAGUCAGUUCAAAUAUGUGAAGCACCAACUUAAAGAGCUGGAUUGUGAUAACUUUCUGUGCAAGUAUUCUAUGAUUGAAGGAGAUCCAUUGGGUGACAAGCUUGAAUCUAUUGAUUAUGAAGUUAAGUUUGAGGCUAAUACUUCUGAUGGAGGUUGUGUGUGUAAGAUGACAAGUAGUUACAACACAAUCGGCGAAAUCGCCGUCAGUGAGGAGAAAAUCAAAGAAGGCAAAGAAAAUGCUGUGGCAAUUUACAAAGUUGUGGAAACUUACCUUAUGGAGAACCCUCAAGUGUAUGCUUAAUUAGUUUGUGUCUUGUUCAUAUUUGGAGCUAAAGAUAAUUUAUUUGAUUGGAUUUUUAUAUAAAGAUAAUAAAAAUAUUCUUUGUACCAUAAUUUUAGUGUGCUUGGUACAAGAAUGACUUAUAAUAUAUAUAUACAAGAGUAAUGGUUUAGUGUGUCUAAAUACCAAGCAGAAAGAACUAUAUAUCUUACUAUUGGAAUUUCAUUUGAUUUUAUUUUUCUAAGUGUUACAAUGAAUAAAAUCAAAGAUUACAUUUGUGAG